GGCUGCAGCUGUGUCGGCGGGCUCGCGCUGCUGAGACAGGCAGAGCACUGAGGACCGGUGGCGCGCGCUCAUAGACUCCCCUCUCAGCCACUCACACCCCAAACAAAGAGAAGCACGCGAGGCAGCACAGCAUCCCACCCUUUCAGCCGCGAGCUCACCAGCAGAACCGUCCCCCCCUCAUCCCUCUUUAGACAGAACCGGUCCGGUCCGAGGCUCGAGAGCACAGAACCGACGAUGACAACUAACGGCGCGACUAACGGAACCAGCGACAUGCUGCAGAUCCAGUUCGGUCUGAUCAACUGCGGGAACAAGUACCUAACGGCGGAGACCUUCGGCUUCAAAAUCAACGCGUGCGCCUCGUCCAUGAAGAAGAAGCAGAUCUGGACCCUGGAGCAGAGCGGCGACGACUCCAGCGGCAACGUGUUCCAUCUCAAGUCACAUCUGGGCCGGUACAUCGCCGCCGACAAGGACGGAAACGUCACCGGAGAGAGCGAGACCCCGGGCCCGGAGUGCCGGUUCGUCAUCACCGCCCACGACGACGGCCGCUGGUCCCUGCAGUCCGAGCCGCACGGCCGCUACCUGGGCGGCACCGAGGACCGGAUCAUCUGCUUCGCCCAGACUGCCUCCGUGGCGGAGAAAUGGAGCGUGCACAUCGCCAUGCACCCGCAGGUGAACAUCUUCAGCAUGACGCGCAAGCGGUACGCGCACCUGAGCGGCAAGGCGGACGAGAUCGCCAUCGACCGGGACGUGCCGUGGGGGGUGGACUCCAUGAUCACGCUGGUGUUCCGCGAGCAGCGCUACCACCUGCAGACCUCCGACAACCGCUUCCUGAGGAACGACGGCGCGCUGGUCGCCACCGCGGACAAGAGCACGGGCUACACGCUGGAGUUCCGCUCCGGCAAGGUGGCGUUCAGGGACUGUAGCGGCAAGUACCUCGCGCCUUCUGGGCCCUCCGGCACCAUGAAGUCCGGCAAGAGCGCGCGCGUGGGCAAGGACGAGCUGUUCGUGCUGGAGCAGAGCCACCCGCAGGUCGUCCUCACCGCCGCCAACGAGAGGAACGUCUCCACCCGGCAAGGUAUGGACCUGUCAGCCAAUCAGGACGAGGAGGGGGACCAGGAAGUGUUCCAGGUGGAGAUCUGUCGCGAAAACCGCAAGUGUGCGUUCCGCACCGCCGCUGGAAAAUACUGGACCCUGACUGCUAACGGCGGCCUGCAGUGCACCGCCUCCACCAAGUCAGCUAACUGCUACUUUGACAUUGAGUGGCGUGGGAAGAGGCUGACCCUCCGGGCCGCCAACGGGAAAUACGUCGCCGCCAAGAAAAACGGCCAGCUAGCAGCCACCAUCGACUCUGCCGGCGAGUCCGAGGAGUUUCUCAUGAAGCUGAUUAACCGCCCGAUCAUCGUGCUGCGCGGGGACCACGGCUUCAUCGGCUGCAGGAAGGUGACGGGGACGCUGGACUCCAACCGCUCCUCCUACGACUACUUCACCCUGGAGUUCAGAGACGGAGCGUACAGCCUGCAAGACUCCACGGGUAAAUACUGGAUGAUCGGUAACGAGCAGUCGGUGGUGAGCAGCAGCGACGCGCCCGUCGACUUCCUGUUCGAGUUCUGCGACUACAACAAGCUGGCAAUCCGCCACGCGGCCGACAGCAAGUACCUCCGCGGGGACCACGCCGGCGUGCUGAAGGCCAACGCCGAUGACCUGGAGACCGCCACGCUCUGGGAGUACUGAGGGGGAGGUGAUGAGUAAAGUGUGGCGACGCAGCACGACCCGUCCAUACAUCCCCCGCUCCCCCCUCCUCAUAUUAUAUCCUUAUGACUUUAUAUGUUGAUGAACUGCACAGAGAGAACAGGACGGAUAGGAGACCCUCCUUUCCGUCUGUCUAUCCCUCCAUCUUUUUCCCAGCUCUGUCGACCUUUAUCUGUUGCCAUAGUUAGCGUGGGGCUGUGCACUUUUUUCUGCUCCGAUCUGGUUGGCUGCUCGACCUGUCACUCACUCUCUCCCUCCUCGCCUUAGGAUCGGGCCGUCUCCCUCUCCCAGAGCAGAGCCACGUUUUAAGAGCCCCCCCCGUCUCUAUUGUCUGUGUGAGCAGCACACGGUGGCAGUGUUUAUGCUAUCUGACCUGGUCUGCUAGAUCUGCUUCUACCUGAUCUAAUCUUCCAAAAACAGAUCCACCACCGGAUAAAAAUCUGCUUCAGCUGCUUCCUGUUAGCUGGACGCACCACACGGAGACGGUGGGUCUGUCUUUGGCGCGUUUGCAUCGCGUAGACCAGGCGGAGUAUGUUUGUGUUCAUAAGCUGUGUGAUGACUCUGUGAUAUAACUGGAUCUGACGAUGAUAAAGAAUAUAGAAAAUGAUGUAACUUACGGGUUUAACCCCCCCACCCCGAUUCAUCUCACCUGUAACAUACUCUAAUGUAACCCUGUCUCCUGUGUUGUUCUCUAGCUGUGUUCUCAUUGGACCAAACAGGAAGUAGGAAGUUAAAACACGUAACCCCCCCCCCCCCCCUCUCCCACGCGCUAAACCUAUUGUCCCGAGAACAGUUUAAAGAAAUUAAUAAUAGAAACGGUGCGGUCACAUACUGUAUGUUUACUGUACUCACUCGUCGUACUGGAAGAGAACAGCCCUCCCUGAAACACAGUCCAAGGCACAGACGUUAUUAUGGGUAUUUAUAGACUCUUUUUGAAUCCUUCAACCAAACCUAGACCUCAGCCUUUAUCUAGACCAAACCUUUUAAUACUGGAUUAACAAACCGUCAUCUCACACUCACACACACAGACACAGAACUGAGAAAACUGGAACCUGGUGCUACUAACUCAUGACAUGUUAAGUGUUACGGUCGAGCAUCUCGCACCGUCUGGACUAACGGACGGUGAUUUUCGGCUGUGUCUCUGCACACGAAGGGGCUGAAAGAGUUCCCUCAAUAACCUUAAUCUGCUGCUUCUUUAGUUGUACUUUCUGUUUACGUGUCACGAUGAGAUGUGACCAAGUAGUUUUUCCUUUUUUUUUUUUUGCGUUCCCGACUCGUCCUUUAAUUAAGGUAGGACGAGUUUAACUUUACUUUUUAAAAAGGCAAAGAAGCAGACUUUGACUUAGUUGUACUAUUUAAAGCUGAGAUAUCUGCUAUGCAGUCGUGUAGCGCAAAGCACCCUUUGGUUCCCUUCAGCCUUCUCCACAGCACACAGCAGCAGUGCUUUAUGUCUAUUUUUACAACACGGCAAACAUUACCUUGGCACUUGGCCCUAAACUAUUGGGCUCUUCCACCCACCACCAUCAUCAUCAUCAAGCGUUCCUCUGUUGUGAAACCUAAGUAUGGUCGUAGCCCCGUGGAAUGAUCCAUGAUUGUAGCCAGCUCCUCAACACGUUCUCCCUCUGAAGGUCCGAUGACGGCUUGAGAAUAAAAGGAGCCGUUGUUUCCUCGGAGGAGGCUGAGACGAGCGGGUGUGGAAGAGUAAACAUGUGGUAGUGACUGUGCCUUACUCUCCAGUUUUUGGGCAGUAGGAAAAUGAAAGAUUAAAAAAAAAAGAAUCCACAUCUUUGCUUUGUAUAACUGGAACUUCUUUUUGUAUUAUUGUUUUGUAUCAUUUUUUUGAUAUUGUGGAUUAACCUCUCUUGUGCCAUUGGUUCACCUGAAAUCCAACGACCAAUAAAACUGGGAUUAGGAACGCUG